UUCGCCAUAUUAGAGAUAACACUGCAUACAACUAUGAGUUCUUGGAAAUGGCUUGCUUUCAUUUUCCUCAAUAUGACAUACCAUUUUGGUUACGUUAAAUCCCAGAAUUAUUUCUGUGGAUCGAAUGGUAAUUACACGAGUAAUAGCACUUACAGAGCUAACCUUAAUGCCCUUCUCUCCUCCAUCUCCUCUAAUAUGGAUUCCAAUGGAUUCUACUACACUUCCCUGGGAGAAAAUGCUGAUAGAGUCAAUGCCAUUGCACUCUGUAGAGGAGAUGUUCAGCUCGAUACAUGUCAAAGUUGUAUCAAUAAUGCCACGCGCUUAAUCUUACAAUUGUGUCCGUAUCAAAAACAAGCAUUUCAUUCGGCUCCUGAUGAUUUGUGUAUGUUACGCUACUCCAACGAAUCCAUAUUUGGAAAACUUGAAACUGAACCAAAGUUUUCUGGGUAUAGAAUUGACAAUGUCACAAGUAAGAGCGAGUUCAAUCAGGAUUUGAGAACAUUGUUGGACAAUCUACAGAGCACGGCUUACAGUGGUUCCUUAAAGAAGUUCGCUGCUGGAAACACGACUGGACCAGAUAUGUUGACAAUUUUUGGACUUGUGCAGUGCACCACUGAUUUAACCUCAAAGGAUUGUAGUACAUGCCUGACUGAGGUUACUGGAGUUAUAUCACAAUGCUGUAGUGGAAAACAAGGAUUCGGUAUCCUCACACCCAGCUGCAUUCUUCGUUAUGAAACCUAUCCAUUUUUUAAUGAUAUCCCUCGGCCAGCACCACCACCACCACAAGUGUCAGCUCCAGCGCCACAAAUACUGGUACCACCAGGAGAGGAUGAUAAUACAACUCGACCAAUUAUCAUUAAUACUAUUGUUCCAAUUGUUGCGGGCCUAAUACUUGCUCUUUUCAUUGGCAUCGUCAUAAGAAUGAGACGAAAGAGUAAACCACAAGAACAAUAUGAAACUGACAAUGAAAUUAGUACCGUUGAAUCCCUCCACUAUGAUUUUGGUACAAUUAGAGCUGCAACAAACAAUUUCUCUGAUGGUAACAAGCUUGGGCAAGGUGGAUUUGGUGUUGUUUACAAGGGAAUACUACCAAGUGGGCAAGAAAUAGCUGUGAAAAGAUUGUCCAUGAAUUCAGGGCAAGGUGACUUGGAAUUUAAAAAUGAGGUCUUGUUAAUGGCCAGGCUUCAACACAGGAAUCUAGUUAGGCUCUUGGGAUUCUCACUAGAAAGAAGCGAGAGGCUUCUUGUUUAUGAAUUUGUUGAGAAUGGGAGCCUUGACCGUUUCGUUUUUGAUCCAAGCAAGCACCAAUAUUUGGAUUGGGAGACACGCUACAAAAUCAUAGGGGGCAUUGCUAAGGGGGUUCUUUAUCUGCAUGAAGACUCUCGAUUGCGAAUCAUUCACCGUGAUCUCAAAGCAAGCAAUGUGUUAUUAGAUGGAGAGAUGAACCCCAUAUAUAUAUAUAUAUAUAUAAUAUAUAUUUAUGAAUGUGAUUGCUCACUGACUAUAUAUUUAAAAACUAACAAUUACAGUGGAUAUAUGGCACCUGAAUACGCAAUGCACGGACAAUUCUCUAGUAAAUCUGAUAUCUUCAGCUUUGGCGUCCUAGUUCUUGAAAUCAUAAGUGGCCAAAAAAUCAGCAGUUUCCAAAAUGGGGAGGAUGUGGAGGACCUCCUAAGUUGUGCUUGGAAAAAUUGGCACAAAGGAACAUCUAGACAUAUAAUAGAUCCAUCAUUGAGAUGUUCUGCUGGAUCCUUGCAUAACAUUAUGAGAUGCAUUCAUAUUGGUUUAUUAUGUGUUCAAGAAGAUGCAGCUGUUAGGCCUACAAUGGCAGCAAUAGUUCUUAUGCUCACGAGCCUCUCUAUAACUCUGCCGAUACCUUCACGGCCAGCAUUUUUUGUGUCUAGCAUAUUUGAUCCAAAAAUUUCAUUUCUUCAGGAACAAAAUUCAAGAUCAACAAAUGCCACAGAAUCAUCAAAGAACAGAUCAGGUAAUUCUACUGAUGCAUCUAUAAAUGAAGUCUCAAUGAGUGAUUUAUAUCCUCGAUAACUAAAAAUGAUUGACAUAUUCAUCAUUACAAGUUAUUUUCCAUAUACUUUUGUUUUUAUUGUUGAAUUAGAAUUGCCUUUAAGAACACUUGUCCUUGUUUCAUGAAUAAGCCUUCACAAUUCAAUAUUGUAAAGAUCGUUACUUCUUGUUUGUAAGUCAGCGGAAGUGUUAUAAGGUUCUAAUUGCACCAUAAGUGAAUUAAUAUAGUGAAAAUGUAUUGCUCAUGACGAAGAGCUUGGUAAUGAAGGACGUUGAUCAUUGGUUUAAAUUGAACCUCCACAAAUAUAUUGUUUGCAUAAUUUCUAACUUUGGCUUAUUGUUAUUUUGUUUAAACUUAUUAUUUGAUUGAUCUAUUUGUUCCUAACUUGCUUGAUAUUAGGUUUUGAAAAAGUUUUAUUCAAAUGUAGUUAAUCUCUCCA